UAUUUUUAAGAUUUAAAAAAAACAAAACUUUUAGUUUAAUAUUCAAUAUUUAAACGACACAUCUACACUUUAUCUCCUAUGUACUGACAAAAUACAGAUUCUCCUCAGGUGAGCUGCGAGCUCCUUGACGAGUCGCGAGCAAUUCUCACAGAGGCUGGAGGCCAUGGCUGCAUCUUGAACAAAAGAAAAACACGGCACCUGUCUGCCUUCCCUGUGGUUGACUUGGUAACCGUCGCGGCGUCGCUGCUGGUGAAGUUGAGAGGACAACAGAAUCACUGCAGGACUGCGAGGGUGUGCUCCCUGGAUUAUUCCCUCUUUUGCAUUCAGGAUGAGAGACACCAGGGAGCCUGAGGAUGCCAGCAGGUGAGAGUGAAGGCCGCGCAAAGAGCCGGGAAAGAUUCAAUGAAGCCUUCAAGAAGUACACUGAGUCAGAGAAGAAAAAGGCGAAGAAGAAAAACACUGAAACCCAGGAGACCAUUGUGCUUCAGAAUCUGAAAAAGAAUCUCAGCCUCGGGAAGGACACAGAAGACGAUGAGACCAUCCUCCAGAACACGUAUAACCCUGAGCAGGGCAGUCCUCGCUACACCAAGAACAAAAGGAGGGAGAGGGAGACGGCUAAAAAGGUGAAUGUCAACAACAGUAGAAACCAAGAUGAGAUCGAAACAUCAAAUGCCAAGAGGAAGAGUAAGAGGGCGCUUCCCUCCCUCCCCAUACCGGAGGACAGCAGUUACGUCCAGAAGGAAACAGAUGGCGCCAAGUCUGAGAUUGCGUUUGAUCCAGAUGAUGUUGGUGGUGCAAAGGAAUCAAAGCGAAAAAGUAAAAAGGGUAAAAGCAAAGGAGAUACAGAGGCCAGAGCAGAGAUCCAGGCAGAGGGUGCUGAUGACAAGCUGAUAUACCAGCAGAAGAUCACACAAGAGGAAGAGAGGACUCCGAAAAAGACAAAGUCCAAGACAGACGAAGAGAGUGCCAUCUCCCAAAAUGUUAAACUGAACAACGACGUUGGGAAGAAGAAAAAGAAGAAGCUAAAGUCUGUAAUAACAGAGUCGGAUUUGGGGGAGCAGGAUGAAGGUGCAGACCAGGAGGCUGACGUGGAAAACGAAACAGAAUCCAAGAGAAAGAAGAAAAAGAAGAAGAAGAAUCAUGCUGUCAAAGAAGCGAGUGAUACUGAGGCAGACGUACAACAGAAACCAAUGUUCGAUGAAAGCCUUGUGCUGGGAGUGUAUGUUCACAGAACCGAUCGCCUCAAAACGGACCUGCUGAUCUCGCACCCAAUGGUGAAGAUCCACGUCGUUGACGAAAUCACCGGGCAGUAUGUGAAGAAAGAGGACUGCCACCGGCCAGUGUCCUCAUUUUACGAGCAAGAGAACGUUGACCACAUACUCCCCAUCAUGACUCAACCCUUUGACUUCAAGAAAAACAAAUCAAUCAUCCCCGAGUGGCAGGAGCAGAUCAUCUUCAACGAGCGCUUCGGUUACUUUGUGGAACAAAACGACGAGAGCCCCAGAGUCCUGCUUUUCUUUGAAAUCCUGGACUUCAUAACCAUGGAGGAAGCGAGAGCCAACCUUGACGUUGACAAGCACGAACGGGGAUUCAGGAAGAUUGCCUGGGCGUUCCUCAAGCUUGUCGGAACAAAUGGUGUGCUGAACAUCGACAGUAAACUUCGCCUCCAGCUCUUCUGUCCACCACCCCGGGCAAAGAGACAACCUAAGACAAUAGAGGUGAUUGAGUGGUGGAGGAAGUACCCGAGACACAAGUAUGCGUCAACGCUUUAUGUCACUGUGAAAGGCAUUAAACUCCCGGAGCAUGUGGACCCUAGUAUGCGCUCCAUGAUGGCACUGCAAGAGGAGAGAGGCAGCACCUCCUACAGUGAACUGCAGAACGAGGUCACCAAGAGAAGUCUGACGCAACCUCUUGACAGCAAGCAGCCCGCCCUGAGGUGGAGCCGGGUUCCCGGUCAGGGUUGUCGGAUUCCUAACAAGCCCAUGCUUGCAUUUCGUGGUGGUCAGAUGGGCUGCUUCACCGUGCUCUUCUCACAUGCCGGGACAGCACUGGCUGCUGCUUGUGCUGACAGAGAUGCUUUCCCUGUUGUGGUGUAUGAGAUUCCCUCUGGCAAGGUCUUGGCUGCCUUCAGUGGUCAUCUUAAAAUAGUCUACGAUCUCUGCUGGUCCACAGACGACCAGAGACUCUUGUCUGCCUCCUCCGAUGGAACUGUCAGAGAGUGGAAUGUGGAGGGGCUCCUGGGAACGGCCCAGAAGGUUCUCCCUCAUCCGUCCUUUGUGUACUGCGCUCGGUACCACCCCUCGGCCCAGAACCUGGUGGUGACCGGGGGCUACGACAGCCUGGUGCGAGUGUGGAGGCUCGACGUAGACGAUGUCAACGGCCAGCUGCUGCAGGAGUUUGAGGGUCACAACAGUUUCAUCAACACGGCUUGUUUUGACUCUGAAGGGAGGAGAAUGUUCUCCGCAGACAACACGGGACUCAUCGUCGUCUGGAAAACUUCAGUAAACGACGGCAGGCAGCCGUGUCAUCACUGGUGUAUCGAGAAGAAGGUUGAUGAGAGUGACCUCCGCGGUAUCCCCAUCAACAUGCUGCAGCUUCAUCCAAACGGCCGGUGCCUGCUCAUCCAUGCCAAAGACAGUGUCCUGAGGAUGAUGGACCUGAGAAUUCUGGCCGUCAAGAAGUACACCGGAGCCACAAACUACAGAGAGAGGAUUUACAGCACCUUCACACCGUGUGGGAACUUCAUCUUCUCCGGUAGCGAGGACGGGAUGGCGUAUGUUUGGAAUACAGACACGGGUGACCAAGUUGCAGUGUACUCUGAGCUCUGUUACCCCACGGCCCUCCACGGUCUGUCAUUCCACCCUCACGAGAACAUGGUGGCCUUCUGUGCCUUCGGUCAGAGCCAGCCCGUCCACGUCUACCUGUAUGACCGCAAAGUGUCCCAGUUGGAGGUGCACAACAUGACGGCAGCGAGCAGAUCAGCCUCUGUAGACACCAGAACUGUCAGGAACACACUGGAUUCCCCAGUGCUGCAUGACAGAUCUGCUGCCUCAGCCAUGGAUCAGUUUUCCCAAGCCGCGAGACUCGCACUGAAAAUGCAGUGCGUUAAGGAACAACUGGAUUCCGUGCUUGAGCCGCGAAGAUCUUCGACGUCCGGAUACAUUCAUGAGCAAGACGAAAUGGACAUUCACACGGGGAGAAGCUUGACGUCGGAUGCCGGCGCAAUGGGCUUAAAUGUCUCCUUGCCACCUGCGUCCCUCCUGUCGCCGCACUCCAGGCUGCAGCUCUCCGGUUCUCUGGCGGAGCAGCUUAUCCCCCAGGCAACGCUGAGCACCCAAAGUCGCAGAUUCACCCCGGUGGGUCAGCAUCUUAAAGGAGCCUCAUCCUUCACGCUGCAGUCGACACUUCCUGACCACAUUUCUUCAGGCGUUAAUGUGGAAAUAGAUCCUGCUCCUGUUCAACAAGUUGUCGUCUCACUCUACGACUACAGAGCAAACCGGUCCGACGAACUGACCAUACGUCGCGGCGAUGUCAUCCAAGUGCUGUACAAGGACAACGACAACUGGUGGUUUGGGCGCCUGGUCAACGGACAGCAGGGAUAUUUUCUUGCUUCUUACGUGGCUGAUCAGAGAGAUUUCGGUGAAGAGGCCACUCAGUCUGAAGAGGCACGCGCAGCCUUGUCUGAAGGGACUGUUGAGAGGUCGACACCAACCAGGGUAUCUGCUGCCAUUAGUUCUUCCGGGGAGCUUAGGUUUCUUUCUGAGCCGGCACUUUCCGACUCUGAACCUGAGCUGACUGAUGCCAAACCUAGAAGGAAAAAGAAGGUGAAAAAGACGAGAGUCCCCGCACUGUCAUCUCGGGCCACGUUCUCCGAUGCGGACGUUUCGGGGAUGACCAGCACCAGGAGGAGAGUUGGGUCCAUCAACAGACCUCUGCCAAAGAGACCGUCAGGCCGGACUAACAGUGCCUUUGAGCCUGAUACUUAAAACUCAUGGACACGUGAUUGUUUUUAACUUUCACACUUUUGAAAUGAAAAUGAAUCAUGAAAUGUCUUGAAUUUUAACAGUUCGACAUUUAUUUUAACAAUAUGAGGAGGUUCAGUAUGUUUAUAUUCUGUAUUGUACUUACAAAUCAAGGCAACGUCAAAUUUUGUUUGUAAAAAUGUCUUGCUAUCAAGAAUUGUACAAAUCUGAGAAUUCUUUUUUCAUGUUUUACAUUUGAAAAAGUGACUGAGACAAUAAUAAUGUACAUUUUUACUGCCAAUGUAAUACUGUAGUUCUAUUUUCUUAGCCUGUAAGAGAUUAACAGUUUAUAUACGUCAUUUCCUCACAACUAUGAAAAUACAGAUCAUUAAUUUCUGA